GUACCCUGACAGACCCAACCAGACCGCGGAAGGAGCGAGAAAGGCAAGUCGGGACUGCACGCCUCUUCCGCCCAGGGCCCGGAAGGGUGAUGUGGCUGGGGUUUCGCCGGCCUCACUAUGUCUGCCAUUUUCAAUUUUCAGAGUCUGUUGACUGUAAUCUUGCUGCUUAUAUGUACCUGUGCUUAUAUCCGAUCCUUGGCACCCAGCCUCCUGGACAGGAAUAAAACUGGGUUGUUGGGUAUAUUUUGGAAGUGUGCCAGAAUUGGUGAACGGAAGAGUCCUUAUGUUGCGGUAUGCUGUAUUGUGAUGGCCUUCAGCAUCCUCUUCAUACAGUAGCUUGGAAAAAUGCCAGAAUUCAGUUGCAAUCAGAUUUAAAUAUGAAAAAAAGGACUUAUCUGCAUAAAAUAAUGGAAAGAAUGGUUAACCCUUUUAUCUUUGAACAUUGAAUGAGAUAAAUUUUCAGCUGCUGUUCUCUAUUUUUGUUAUUGGACCAAUGUUCUAUAUAAAUAAUUAGGAUGUAACCAUUUAAUACUCAGAGCUUAAAUAUGUCUGUAACAUCAACCUCAGUACUGUCACUACAAUAUUACAUUCUGCAUAUGUCAUUCUAUUAUGUCAGAUAGCAGUUUUUAGUGAGGUAUCUUUAAGGCACAUAGGAGAAAACAAAAUUGGUAAAUUACUUAAGUUCCUUUCACCGUGAUUUGGAAACGAUAAAUUCUUUAUAGAAUGAGACUUUUUGGACUAGCUUUUUUAUUGGAAAAAAAAAAGGUUCAAUUCGUGUUGGUAAGGACUGCAUUCAUAUUUAAUAAUGCUUGCUUUUCCUCUGGCCACAUCAUUUUGAGCAUUAACCAGAGUACCUCUACUGUUAGCAAACUGUAGUUUAUUACAGGUAUUUAAACUAUUUAAAACAAGCCUAUGCAGUUCUUAAGGAGGAAGAUAAAUGAGAAGUGACUUAAGAGUGCUGUUGAGAAAAUGUUCCUAUUUAACAUAAAAGAAUGCAGAAUACCUGACUGGUGUUAUCGUCUCUGAAACCUCUGGUUAAGUGUGGAUAAAUGUCUUAAGCAUAAAUUUGACCAGCUAACUGUUGUUUUUGGAAUAAGGCUACAUGCUUAGAGUAAAAAAGAGCUAAAUGGAAUGAUAAUCUUACACACGUUUUUCAUUCUUUUUAGUGUUAGGUCUCUACAUUUUAAUUACCCCAAAAUGCAAACUGUGUUUUUGUUUUUUAAUACAGCACUUUAAAUCUAGUUUAUGUUUUGCCUAUAAACUUGAACUGGAAUCUUGUGUAACUUACUACAUGAUGAUAAACAGUUUUCACAUCUACUUACCGUAUGCCAUGGCAUAAAUGUCUUUGAGCUUUGAUGAUAAAGGAGGACCUUCAGUAAUUUUCAUUGAGCAAGAGGAACACUGGAAAUGUGACAUAAAUUUUGUAGUAGAGCAGUUAUUACACAUUUAUGGUUAACAUUUCAAAAUUCAGUUAAAGUUUCAAAGCGAAGGAAAACUUCUUAACUAAAAAUUGCCCAUUAUACAUAGUAUUAAUUAGAUAUUGUUGUCGGCUGUUAAUUCCCCAUAAAGAUAAAAAGAAUAAACUUUUUUUUUAAGAAAAAAAAUUGUUUAGACUUAUUUUUAAAUGAGCCUGCCAGUAGCUGUUUCUGCAGAAACAAAGUAUGGAACUGAAAGUUACCUAUUUUUAGGACCACUUUAAAGUACUUAGAAUUCUAGGAAACGUAAGAAAAUCUUGUUACACAUUGCCUGCUUUUUUUUUUGCAAAAGAUAAAAGCUGCUGUUUGGCUGUCAGUAUAUUUGUUUAUUGUACAUUUCUGGCUUAUCUAUAGCUGGUUUAAAAUGGUAUAUUUUGCCUUAAACAGGUUAAUCAGGUUAUAAUUGUUCCUACUCUGCACUGUCUCUUGGGCUUUGCAUUAGGUCAAGGAUUUUCAGGGUAUCCCCAAAAUAGGACUCUUAUCAGAAUAUACAUGCAGAGUAAGUCACCUUUCUGGGUCUAGUUUCUUGAAUGGCCAUCUGUUGUCCAACUCUGCUGCCAACUAGACUUUCCAAAAGCUAUAUCAACUAAUUUUUUAUAUACUAACACAAGUCUAAUAUGAAAAAGGGAGGACUAUUCUAGAUAAUCAGUUCUAGGACAUUUCUUUUAAGUUGGCAUUUCAGAGGAGGCAGGUGGAAAGUAGAGGAAGAAAUAAUUUUUUGGAAAAUUUUUGGCAACAUAUAAACAUUUUACUGUGUGUAGAUGCUGAACAGAAUAGGAAGCAGCUUAUUUCUUAUUUCACGAACCCAUGUCCCCUGCAUCGGCAGGCGGACUCUCAACCACUGCACUACCAGGGAAGCCCAAUGAGCAUUUUCUUUAAUGUAUUUUUUUUUUCAAAGAAUUACCACUAAAUCCUAUUCUCUAACCCAAAGGGCGGCGUAGGUAGUUUUAAGCCCACAGAAUAUUCAGAUAUUCCUUUUGUGGUCUUGGCGAGGUGGUAAGAUGCAGAAGAGGAUUAAGGAUCAAUUUAAACAUCAGAUGGACUGCCUCUGUCACACAGUCUUGGUGCAAGGCCAGAUGGGAUGAUGGGCACUAAAGUCCACAGCUUGCUAGAUUCAAAUACCCUCCCUAAGCUCCUUCCUGGCUCCAAAAUCUUUUGAUUCCAUCUUGCCUGGAAUUUGUUUUGUGCUGAUGUUUAGUUCCUGAUCGGCCUCAGCUGUGCCAGUGGCAGGAGCAUGCCUUCUUUCCAGGCAGUCUUAAAAGAUGUUCAAUCAAAAGAAGACAUAGUCUGCUGAAUUCCCUCUGUGGCUUAAAAAAGUUUAGAUUCAAGUCCAGUAUUUUGUUAAUGCCUAUGCUGCUGUGCCAGACACUACUAUCCUGAAUGUUCUUACAUUGUCAGAUUCAAAACAGUCCUAUGCUGGGAAAAGUAGUAAUAUGUAACUUGUAACAGACACCAUCAUCUUAGUAAAAUGCAGAUCAGUCUAGUUCUAACCUAGGACAAAAUUGAGAUUUCAGUGAAGUAACUUCUUCAAGUUCACAAAGUCAAAAAUGAACAGAUCUCUGCCUGGUUUUGUGAAAAAGACCUACCACUUAUAAAUAGAAUGUUUAUAUUUCAGCAUUUUAAAGAGGCAUUAAGAGAGUGCAUUCAAUCUAUUAUCACUGAACACAAGUACACAGUUUCUUCCCUCUAGUGGUUCAUAAUAUUGUGGGUGAGAGAGAAAUUAGGUUAUUUUAUAUGAAGUGCAGUGUGAUAGCAUUUAUUAUUGAAAUAACACCAGGAUUCUAGAAGAAAAUAAAAAGGUGACAGCUCAGUCAGGGAUAUGAACUUCCUUCCAGAGAAGCAAGGCUUAAGCUGAAUUUAAGAGCAAUAUGCAAAAGCACCAGGGGUAUAUUAUGGACCAUCAGUACCUAGCUUGUCGUGCCAGCCACUUGGGGAGUACCCCUGAGCCUUGAACAACACAGGUUUGAACUGUGCAGCUCCACUUAUAGGUUGGGUUUUUUUCAGUGGUAAAUGCUACAGUACUGCACGAUCCCAAGUUGGUCGAAUCUGUGGCUACGGAACCUCGCUUAUGGAUGGCUGACUGUAGGAUAUCCCUGGAGUGUGGACUGCGCAGACGGUCAGCGCCCCUAACCCCCAUUGUUCAAGGGUCAACUACACUACGAUAUAAGCCUAGAAAUGUGGAGAGAGGUUAGAUCCUAGAGGGUCUUGUAUUUUUCUCAUUGCUGUCUAUUAUCUACCUCAGAAUUGAAGUUCAAUAUGUUUCCUCCUGCCUGACAAAAAAAUUCAAGAAUAAAAAUAAAAUUCUCCCUUGGUGUAUGUAUAAACAAGGUUAAAUAUAUCCAUGCCAACCUUAUUUUGGACCAAGAAUAAUACAUUACUGUCCUCUCCAGAGGCAAGCCAAGGUAACUUACCAGUCAGGUCAAAUAUUUUCAGGAACUCUGAGUAGCUCAUACUCUAUCAAUGCCAAAAGUAGUCAGGAUUGUUAAAGCACACAUGUGCAUAAGAAGCGAAAGUGGUUGCAAUUUCUACAUUUCCUGGGUGCACAGAAAAGAUUUCUAAUAAACAAGGACAUGUGCUCCUUUCAAAGCCUUUGAGAAGUACUGGAUCAUAGGAAACUGAAAACAAGAACGGAAGAUUCUUGGGGACGCCUCUACUUUCUUUGGUAUCCAGUAACAGUAGAUGUACAAAAUAUAAGUACUUGUGUAAUAUAUCAGCAUUGUGAGUAUUGCACAGCCCUGUUAUUCUCAAUCAGCAAGUUACUAGCUUCCAAAAAAUAGCUUCAUGAUUAUGUAAUCUAUACAUUGCCUUCCACAGUUUCUUUUACUUUGCCCUCAACCAGUCCCAAAAUGGUAAUCUGAAAUGCCACUCCAAUAUC